GUGGUACUGGUGAUUUUACUGUUCACGAAAAGCUCGACAAUGGAAAACUAAAGGAAGUUAGCAAAGCAAGCGGUGGAGCUUUUGGUGGAAUAAACGUCGACAAAAGGCUUUUCCAUUUUUUUUCUAAACUCUUUGGAGAGGAAGCCUUUACGCAAUUAAAAUCAGAGGAAAUAUGCGAUUACCUUGAUAUCUUUAGAGAUUUUGAGAUAAAAAAGCGAACAGUUACAGAUGAUUGCGAGAAGAAUUAUGUUAUAAGAUUGCCAUCAUCACUUUUGCAAUUUGCAUCGAACAAUAAUCCAGGUUUCAGAAAAAAUGCCGAGAGUACAGAUUUCAAGGGACAUGUCAAUUUUUGGCACGAUAAACUAAAGAUUGACUCAACUCUCAUGAAGUCUCUCUUUACAGAAUCUAUACAGAAUAUAACGACACAUAUUGAAGGCAUUUUGCAAGGUUUUCCUAAAGUGAGGCAAAUCCUCCUUGUUGGUGGAUAUGGAGAAUGCAUUAUUCUGCAAGAUGAUAUAAGGAAAUGCUUUCCACAACAGGACUUAAUCAUUCCUCAAGAAUGCGAACUAGCAGUGGUUAAAGGAGCUGUUCUUUUUGGACAUGAUUCAAAGGUUAUUUUUGAGCGUAUACUAAGGUAUUCUUACGGUACAAAUUCACACUCUAAAUUUGAUCCAAGUGUUCACUGUGAAGACAGGAAAUACGUUGAUGAUUAUGGAAUCACGAGAUGCAGGGGUUCCUUUUACACUUUAGUAAAAGCGGGAGAAAAAAUAACAUCGAAAGGGCACAUCAUUUCUAGUGCCAUUUUUGCUUUGAGUAAAAACCAGUCGGAAAUAGAAUAUAAGAUAUUUUACACGGAAAAAACAAAUACAAUUUACCUUGAUGAUGACUGCAAAUUUCUCGGGAAAUUAAUUAUACCUCUUACUGGUGACAAGGAUACAAAUAGAAAAUGCAAUGUUUCCUUUACGUUUGGACUGACUGAAAUCUGUUGCAAGGUGACAGAAAAGAGUUCUGGAAGGGAUAUUGAGGCAAAAUUUGAAAUGUUGGAGUGA